CACGCCCCUUUGGUACUUUCAUUCAAGAUGGUGGCUGGUUCCUUGUGACAGGCUCUCUCCCUCCCCAUUGCCUUCCCCCAUGCGGCGCUGCUCGGACUCCUCCUGCCCCAUCUCCAAUGGCCUGCGCUUGGAGGACCCGGUGCCCAUGGAGCCGCCCCGGGGGCUGGCGCCGGACGAGAGCCCCACAGCUGAGGCGGGCCUGGGCGCCGGCACCGGCACCGUCAAGGUCUAUCUCCCCAACCAGCAGCGCACCGUGGUCAACGUACGGCCGGGAGCCACCGUCUACGAUGCCCUGGACAAAGCGCUGAAGGUGCGAGGGCUGAACCAGGACUGCUGCGCGGUGUAUCGGCGCCUGGGCGGGACGAAGAUGCCGACCGCCUGGGACACGGACAUCACCCCGCUGGAGGGGCAGGUUCUCUAUGUGGAGGUGCUGGACGAGGUGCCACUCACCAUGCACAACUUUGUCCGUAAGACGUUUUUCAGCCUGGCCUUCUGCGACUUCUGCCUCAAGUUCCUCUUCCACGGCUUCCGCUGCCAGACGUGCGGCUACAAAUUCCACCAGCACUGCAGCAGCCGCGUGCCCAGCGUGUGCGUGGCCCUGGACGCGGCCCACUGCCCGAUUUACAGCCAUGGCCCCUACCCUGAUGUGCAGGGGCAGGAUUCCCCCUCAGCCCAGCCCGGCCUGGCCCCCCUAACGCCGCAACCCACCAGCUCCCGCCAGCAGUGUCUUGGCCCCGAUGUCUUCAGCUUCCCAGACCCCCCUGGUGGGGGGCAGCCCCUCCAGCGCCACCGCUCCACCUCCACCCCCAACGUGCACAUGGUCAGCACGGCCGAGCCCGGGGACGACGCCACCCGGCAGAUCGCGGCCGCGAGCUUCUUCACAGACGGUGAGAGCCCCCGAG